UUUUUAUUCACUCUUAGCUUUGCUUAAAGAAGCUCAUGAUACAUACAUGCAGAUAUAGCUCAAAACAAAACCAUCUUUAGAACAUUUUCAAUCCUCCUCUUUUCUCUCCACUGUGUGUGUGUGUGUGUGUGUGAGAGAGAGAGAGAGAGAGAAGGAAAAGGCGAGGCUUAGCUUCUUCCUUGAACUAGCUAGAACUCUCUUUCUUUGAAGAUGAUUGAUUCUUCAAAUUUAUUCAAAAUCAAAGUUUCCAGAUUCCCUUCACUUUUCCUUCCUUUCCCAACAAAUCCAUUAUCCCCUUAGCCCUUAAAAUCCAUACACACUUCUUUCACUUCUUCCAAACUCAAUUUCCAUAAAAAAUUUCCUAGAAAAUAUGCCACAUUUCACUAUUGUAACACUCUUCUUUCUUCUUGGUACCUCUGCUUCAACUUCUCUCAUUAGUGACUUCCAUGCCUUAAUCUUUCUCAAACGAGGCUUUGAGUUCGCUGAACCGGUCUUAAGUACUUGGAAUUCCUCAAAUCCAACCUCACUUUGUUCAUGGGUUGGAAUCAAAUGCUUCAAGGGAAGAGUUGUUUCUCUUGAUUUAUCAGAUAUGAGUCUUUGUGGCUCUCUUUCCUCUGUUUUUUCAUGCCUCAAUAAGCUAACCGAGCUUUCUCUUGCUGGCAACAACUUCACAGGCCAAAUCAAGAUUUCAAAUUUGAGUAAUCUUCGAGUACUAAACAUAUCAAACAACCAGUUUGAAGGCGGUCUAGAUUGGAACUACUCAAGCCUGGUGAAUUUGGAGGUUUUCGAUGCUUAUAACAACAAUUUCAAUGCUUUGCUUCCUCUUGGGCUUUUGAGUAUGAAGAAACUCAGGUACUUGGACUUGGGAGGAAACUACCUGUUUGGCAAAAUCCCAGAAAGUUAUGGGAAUUUCAUUGCGAUGGAGCAUCUGUUGCUGGAUGGAAAUGAUUUGCAUGGGAAAAUCCCCGGUGAGUUGGGAAAUCUCACAAACUUGAAGAAAAUUGAGUUAGGCAAUGACAAUUUCUUUGAAGGUGGAAUUCCAAAAGAGUUUGGAAAAUUGGUAAAUCUAAUUCACUUGGAUCUUUCGAAGUGCGAAUUGGAUGGUUCAAUUCCCAGCGAGUUGGGGAAUUUGAAUUCGCUCCAAACAUUGUAUUUGCACACGAAUCUCCUCUCAGGUUCAAUACCAAAUCAACUAGGCAACCUAACAAGCCUGGUCAAUCUUGAUCUCUCCAACAAUGCACUAGUUGGGGAAGUCCCAUAUGAGCUAGCCAAUCUCAAACAGCUCAAACUUGUCAACCUUUUCAUGAACCGAUUGCAUGGGUCUAUACCAGAUUUUUUUGCUGACUUUCCUAACUUGGAAACCCUCCAACUCUGGCUCAACAACUUCACCGGCACAAUUCCCAACAAUCUCGGCCAAAAUGGGAAGCUUCAAGAUCUCGAUUUGUCGUCAAACAAGCUCACCGGUACUAUCCCUCCAAACUUGUGUGCUUCAACCCAACUUAGGAUACUGAUUCUUCUCAAAAACUUUCUCUUUGGAUCGAUUCCAAAGAGUUUAGGGACAUGCUCAAGCCUUGUUAAAGUGAGGUUAGGCCAAAACUUCUUGAACGGUAGCAUUCCAAAUGGCUUCAUUUACUUGCCUACGCUAAAUUUAAUUGAAUUACAAGAAAACUAUUUGUCAGGGACUUUGUCUGAGAAUGUGAAUGACAGUUCAAUUCCAGGAAAAUUAGCUCAAAUGAACCUGUCAAAUAAUUUCCUGUCUGGUUCUUUACCAUUCUCUCUUUCCAAUUUCUCUUCCCUCCAAAUCCUCCUGCUUGGGGGAAACAAAUUCUCAGGUCUAAUCCCACCUUCCAUAGGAAAACUCCACCAAGUACUAAAACUUGACCUCAGUGGAAACUCACUUUCUGGCGAAAUUCCACCGGAAAUUGGAAACUGUAACCACCUUACCUACCUAGACUUGAGCAUGAACAACCUCUCUGGCUCAAUCCCACCCGAAAUCUCCAAUACCCAAAUCAUGAAUUACUUGAAUCUAUCAAGAAACCAAUUGAAUAACACCAUACCCAAAUCAAUUGGGUCAAUGAAAAGCCUCACAACUGCUGAUUUCUCAUUCAAUGAUCUCUCCGGCGAACUUCCUCAAUCCGGGCAAUUCGCCUUCUUCAAUGCCUCAUCGUUCGCGGGGAAUCCUCAACUCUGUGGACCAUUGUUGGACAAUCCUUGCAAUGUCAGCACAAUCACACAACAACCCAAGAAGGGUUCAGAGGAUUUCAAGCUGAUUUUUGCUCUUGGCAUGUUGAUUUGCUCUCUGGUGUUUGUUGCUGUGGCUAUAAUCAAGGCUAAGUCAUUCAAGAGGAGUAGUUCUUCUUCAUGGAAGAUGACUGCAUUUCAAAAGCUUGAGUUUAAGGUCUCAGAUGUGCUUGAAUGUAUGAAAGAUGGCAAUGUGAUUGGGAGAGGAGGUGCUGGGAUUGUCUACCAUGGCAAAAUGGCUAAUGGAACAGAAAUUGCAGUCAAGAAACUUCUUGGGUUUGGUAGUAACAGCCAUGACCAUGGUUUUCGAGCCGAGAUCCGAACCCUAGGCAACAUCAGGCAUCGAAACAUCGUCAGAUUGCUGGCAUUCUGCUCGAACAAGGAGACGAAUGUGCUCGUAUACGAGUACAUGCGAAAUGGGAGCUUAGGAGAGGCCUUGCACUGUAAAAAAGGAGGGUUUUUGAGUUGGAAUUUGAGGUACAAAAUUGCUAUUGAAGCUGCGAGAGGACUCUGCUAUCUCCACCAUGAUUGCUCGCCUUUGAUCGUUCAUCGAGACGUGAAAUCCAACAACAUACUGUUGAAUUCCAGCUUCGAAGCUCAUGUUGCUGAUUUUGGAUUGGCCAAGUUCUUGGUGGAGGGUGGAGCGUCCGAGUGCAUGUCAGCAAUUGCCGGCUCUUACGGCUACAUUGCGCCUGAAUAUGCAUACACAUUAAGGGUAAAUGAGAAGAGCGAUGUGUAUAGUUUUGGAGUAGUCCUGCUUGAGCUCAUUACCGGGCGGCGUCCGGUGGGUGAAUUCGGAGAAGGUGUAGACAUUGUACAGUGGGCUAAGAAAGCAACCAGUUGCCGAAAAGAGGAAGUGAUUGGGAUUGUUGAUGCUAGGCUUCUUAUAACCACUUCAUCAGUGCCCCUAGAUGAAGCCAUGCAUUUGUUCUUCAUUGGCAUGCAAUGUACCCAAGAAAAUAGCAUUGAGCGGCCAACAAUGAGAGAGGUGGUUCAAAUGCUAUCGGAAUUUCCCCAUUGCUCCCCGAAAAACCAAUCCUCCUCUUCAACCAUCUUUCAUCAACAUUCGAAGAACAUUGAGAAAGAGAAUUUUUUUCCAAAGCUUCAAAAUGAUGUCUUGGUUUAAGGAACUUGAGAGCUUUAAUUACAGUAUUUUAAUAUAUCGACAUCGAAAGUCUAAAAUCUCAAUACGUAUCAUCUGAUAUUUAAAAUAUCGACUCUUUCAUGAAAUUUUAAAAUGAGUCGAUUUUGUUAAAGCCUUGCAAUGCACAAAGUUACAUUGUUCUUUUUACUAGUUUCUUCUCCCUUAGUGGCUUAGGCAUUAGAAAUUUGGUGUUCAUAGGAAUAAGUGAUGGAUGCACUUCAUUGUAAUUUGUAAGGGGUGGUGCCUUUAGGUAGAUAGAUUGCAAGCAAAAAUGAAGUCAUACAUGCCCUUCUUAUUAUAUAAUUUUAUGUACAUUUUAUGUUAGACUGCUCUAAGAUUGUGUUCUUUUGGGUCU